AUGGAGUCAUCUGGGGAGAAGAUGCCGUGCACGGGUGACACGCGAACCUCUCAUUGACACGUUAUUUUAAAUUUACCAAAGCAAACCUAUUUCGUAUGGUUAACUUCGUAUGCCUGCGAAUUCACUGAUCUUCCCUAUGUCAUUCAGGAUAUUUUCAUUACAGGGGGCGCAACUGAUGGAUACAUGCGUCAUUUCUAUCUCCCGGCGCAAUGAGAUAACUGUAUAACUAAACGACUGACACCAGCUAUGGGAAAAGGUCUUACCGUUUGGGGAAUGUAACGUGUUAGCUAAACCAACACACGAGAGACCUAAAUUGACAACGAGGAUAAUGCUUAUGAGCCCAGUACAAUCAAUCUUCAGCCGUGUGGAAUAACUCUUCGAUUUUUUAUUUCCUUCUGGGUUCGUGUUGCACGUAUAAUUGCAAACACACAUAUCGAAACUGACUAAAGCUGACCGGCUUGGUUUGUAAUGUGUUGAGACAGUGCUGGAGGAACACACGGUGUUGUAUUAAGUACCGUCCUUUAUUUGAAGAAAGGACGGUCAAACCAUCGACGGAAACUGUUUUUCAUAUUUUUUUUCUCGAGUGGCAAGUCAACAGCGCAAUUGCUUAAGUACACCGAGACACAACCACGAGAGACAGCGUUCCUCAGGUGAGCUGUGCGUGGUGAAUACCGUCCGCUGAAUACCUGGCUCAGUUGCCAGUGCCAAAAUGGCGAAGUUUGCCCCUCCGUCAGCGAUUCACUUCACCAUAAACAACAACGAGCAGCAACCGGAGGGUAAUCCACUGGAAAACAAACAGGAACAAGAACUCAUAGAGUGCUACAAAAAGACACUGGCCAAUGGUGAUUUUUUGGUUUUACAGGUGGCAGAGAAUAAUGGCUUCUUAUUUGCGCUUAACGACGCUCGCCUGCAGAUUUUCCGCAAACUCGAGGCCGAGGGCGAGUGUUCUUUGGUGAAACUGGACAUAAUUCCGCUCAGUGAGAUCCCCGAGGAAGUACGAAAAAACAUGCUAGUCAAAGAUCAUCUGGCUAAUGGAUACAGACGGUUGUCUCCCCCUGCCGAGGAGCAUCAUGGGAUAGACUCAGACGACGAUGUGGACAACGUGGAUGUUUCUGACCAUUCAACAGACACAAGCGACUCUGAUUGGAGUGAUGACUACGUGGCCAGCAGCGACAGUGACUACGGCACACACAGACACAGACAGCGGGACUUCAAAGACGAACGUGAUGACGGAGGAUCAUCGGGCGACGAAAGAGAGGCUCUUUUAUAAAGUGGCAUUAAAUGACAACAAAGAAAUAAGAGUACUUUGUUUCCUAGACCUCAUUCCAAUCUUACUAAAAAAAAAAAAAAAACAAUUAAAGAGAUCAAAUGCACUGGAGUGUUUUUAUAGAAUGAGGAUUUGGGAUUGUAGUACCUCAGCAGGACUUUGGCGUUUGAGAGAUGUCUCGCUGGAAGAGGAGAUAAAAAAGGAUUGGCAAUCGUACUGUACACUGCCAUCGCUGCAAAUACUCUACGCACAACGGGUUUUUGCUAUUUACACUAUUUCAUAAAGUCAAAAGCAGGUUCACAUUAGACAAUUAAGCACCAUGGCAGCCAGCAGACGACUGUUCUAUCCUUUGCUAUUUUCAACGUUAAGAUAAGAAGUAAGAUGACUAACUUCAGGAAACUGUCCACCAGAGAUAAAGAGCUGCGGUUACAGAGGUGCCUAGAAGGCUUGGCGCAGAGGGACAUGGGUUUUCAUUUUUCUAAUGUGAAACCUGAUUGUGCUUUGCAUAUAUAAACGUUACAGAUGUUCCUUUAAUCGGAUUCUUAAUGUCUCUCGUAGGAAGGACUUACUACAACCUAUGGGUUAAUGAGUUUGCUGGACGCCAAAGUUGCUUAUGAUAAGUAACAAAUGUCGGUAGAUCGUUAGGUUAAACAAAAAUCAUGCUGGCGAAAAAUUAAAUUGUAUUAAAGAGACUUAACCUUCUUUUAUUUAUGACGUUUCUCCCCUUCAUCAAGCUUUCAAAAUCUUAAAAAAUACUAUUUAAAACGACGGAAAAACCAUUUCCAUCUAAGGAUUUUGUUGCGAUUCUGAUCCCAAUAACUCCGUAAAGCUCAUGACAAUCCAUAUGGGAUAUUCAAAAAUAAAUCAGAUAGUCUACAUGGAUUACAUACAUGGACUAACUUAGAAAGACCGUACACGGAUAUUUGGCACGUGUGAAUACAAUUUACUUGUUCUUAUCGAUCGU